UCGUAAUUAAGUGCUUAAACCCUACGCUAACUCUCUCUCUCUCUCUCUCUCUCUCUCUCUCAUCAGCAUUACAUCGAUUUCGAUUCUGCGUUCUCAAUUUCUCUAGCAAUGGCAUCGUCUGGUGUUUUCCCUUUCGAAAACCCCAUUCUCAACGAUCUUGUGGAGGCCCUUGUCGACAUCAAAACCAAAACCCUAGUCGGCGGCGGCGGCGGCAAUGCCACGUCGUCGGAUCUAAUGCCGCUGUCUCUGCCGACGGCGGAGAUCCCGAGGAGGAAAAGAUCGAGACAAAUCACUAUGAAGGGCAUCCUCGAGGCCUACGAGAAAGAGAAUGAGGAAGACGACCCAAUGUGGGUCCCUUCUUCGAAGAUCAAGAAGGGGAAGCCGACGACGACUAGGGUUUCUGAUAAGGGGUCCAGCAAGAAGAUGAAUCCCGUGAAAGAUUCAAUUGAACUACCAAAGUAUCUUAUGGAAGUGAUUGCACCCACGAAGUUUAAACUCGUAAAGUUUCAACUUACAGAAACAGAAAGAAAUGGCGACAAUUGCUUGAAAACAUUUGAUGAUCAGAAAUAUGACAGAAAAGGGAAACGUAAAGUUGAAGAUAUUGAGCUUGUAGAGGAAAGCACUUGUAAGAGAGCGAAGUCAAUCUUGCCUCCCGAUCUUGUGAACAGUUGUUUCAGCCAGCUUGAAGCACUUCAGACCAGCACAUAAGCUUCUCCGUUUGCACAUAGAGCUGUCUUCAAUCCAAUGGGGCUAUUUCUGAAUUUUAUCUGGCAAGAACUCCUGGAGGAUAUCAGCCAGUGAACUAAACACGGGGGUUUGAUUACGGGUUUUACCAUCUGCUGACUCUAUGAAGCAUUGACAGAAUAGAUGCCAUGGUUAUGCAGAAUAGGAGUUCUUGAAUAUGCUGGUUGACUUGUUAAAAGGUAAAAUUAAGGUAAUUUAGUUAGAUGUCUAUACUGCAAUGCCUGCUGAGUUAAUGAAGCUGUUAGAUUUAUAGUAUCCUAAACAGAUUUUGAAUAGGACUCAUAUUAAGAGGAAAGUUGGUUUAUUUGUAUGGAGUCAGGAGGGAAGGGUUAGAUAGCAUUUAUAUAUUUGUUUCUAAUUUUAAUUUAGUAUUUAUUUGCAUUGUGUAACUUCUAUGCAACUCAACCUUCUUCAUUGACUAAACAAGACAGAGCCUGGUUCACUUAAAUGCGCUUACAAGAUCCUAUCUGACUUUACGCAAGUAUUCAGGUUAUGGACCCAACACAUAUUCAUAAUUAGGUAUGGUCCAGGUCCUAGUCGGGUCUGGGUCGAGACCAAAUCAGGUGUUGAUAUUAGAUAUUUAUAGCAGAUUAGUGAAGUCUAAAGAAAAUGAGCCAAAUGAUAUUUUAUUACCUGUUCUCAUGCUGAAUGACAUCGUCUAGAUUUUGAGAAAAAAGCAUCAUUCUCAUUUAACAUUUGUUAAUUUCUAGAAUUAUGGCUUCAAGAAUAUCAUCAUGCUCUUUUGGAACAUCAGUAACCUUUUAAGCAUGUAACAUUUACUUAAUAUCCUUUUUAUUAUAUGGAUAUAUAGAAGUCAGAACAGACAACUUGGAGAUCCUGGUGUCUAAAGAACAUCAUCAAGGAUCCAUUCAGAUGUCUCAAUUGUUCAGAUUAUAUAGGUAUUAUUAGUUGCUUUACCUAUUCAUUUUCUUUCUUGUGGAGAUGCAAAUAAAAAACUAGAAAAUUUUCAGGUAAAUUUAACUGCUAGUUGUAUUGAUGAAAUUUGUAAGCAUAUGAAUGCGAACUUACCAUGCAGGCAUAGAUUUGGCUUACAUAGGUCUUGGGAGUGCCUAAGAAUAUCACAAUUAGUUCCUUCAGAACCCAUUAUGCAUUACACAAUGUCGCAGUAUAUACAGUCUAAGAACUAGUGAACCUGAUUCUCCAUCUAAGUACGGGAUUUAAAUUGUGAACUAUUGCUUCCCUCUUUAUAAUAUCCGUGGAUACUGAUCCUGACCUGUGUUGUUAUCAUGUUUCAGUUAUUAGUAGAUUGCUUGAGAGUGUAGUAGUGAGUAUAGCCAGUGCAAGGGUCAAUCUGGCAACUAAAAGAACUUGGAGUUUCUGUGCAAGCCAGCCCUUGAAAACACUUUCGUCUCUAACAUGCAUGAUUAUGGAGAGUAUUUCUUUAUUAUAUAGAGAUUUUUUGUGUUUUAUUUACUAAUAGUUUGCGUCAUAUUGAACCCUAUACCUUUUGUUUAUACUUAUGGGCCAACAAAUAUCAAGUUAUCUUAGUCCUCACAUCUUAGUCCUCACACAUGCGGAAAGCCUCUUGUAGAUAGACGUUAUGUUAAUCUUAACACAUUUUCAGAUCAUCUGAUACUCCCUGCUCAUGUUCAUGCAUAUCAUGGAGACCAAGAGUAAUGUUUUCUAAACCUUCGAGAAAUUAUUAAGGACAGUUGGAGCUCAAUUUCUAGGACGAUAAUAUCAAAAUCACUUUCUUAACAUUCCGACUACAAUUACCAUGAGGCUCUUAUUUUCAGUUCGUCUUGUUUGAAUUCCCUUCGUUUAACCAAAUAAGCUUGUAACCUAAUCUUUCCACAAUACCCGUGUUCAUAACAUUAAGGUAGACUAUUUGGAGGCAUGAUAUUAAUAUCAUGAUCCAGCAUUCUCUACCUGCUAUGAUUAUGUCAUACUGAGCUAAAGCAAAGUGCUCAACCCCCAGGUAACCACCCUCAUCCUACUCUAGAAAAGUUUGAAAUGAUCAGCGAAAGUCGUGAUUGUCACAAUUAGUCUUUUUCCCAUAGAGCAGUACUUUUUUGGUUGCAUCGUUGGAGAUAACAAAGCUCCGGAGAAGAAUAAAUGAACUUUCUAUUAUCAGCUAUCAGUUUAAUGUCAAACUGAGGUUAUGAAUUUGCAGAGGCGAGCAUGAGCAAGAGAGGGCCUCAUGAUAAAAACUUCUGAAGCUUGUAGGUACAUCUAAUUCAUUUUAUGCUUAUAAAACUAAAAGGAGAGUUAGGUGAGAGAUGUUGUAGGAUGGAAAUGGAAAAAGACGAGAGUAUAAGUGAGAGAAAUGAAGGAGGUGACUUAGUUAUGAAUAUGGAUAGCUAAGGGUUAUCAUCGAGCUGUUAGAUUUGUGGAAUCUUGACUUUGUUUGGAUAGAAUUAUGGAGUUGAAAUUAUGCAUUUUUUGAAAGUGGGGAAGCGAAUGCUAUGUCUUAUCAAGAGUAGUGUUGAAUCUACCCAAAAGGUAGAAUAAUGACUAAAAAUUUUCUCCAAGUAAGAGUACAUUUGUAUAAAUAUUUCAAUAAAUAUCAAUACUAAACUUGAACUGUUUGCUUUAAAAUAUGUGACACUAGGUAGAAUUUAUGAGAUUUUUUGUAUGAAUCUCGAAAACUGCAUGCUAUCAUGAUAUCGUUGAACUUUAGGCUCGUUACUCCAAAUAUAGCAUUUAACUGGUAACUUUGAUUAUGUUCCAUUGGUUUUUCAACUAUAGGAUAUAAAUUUCCGUGAAGGCAAAUGCAAAAUGACUCUGAUUAACAUGAUACACUCCAUGCAACUGCUAUCAUAAUUAUUAAUUAAACAAGGAUGUCUACUAACACAUUCUCCUAUUAUGAAAUUUGAAUGGCUUAUUAACCAGGAGUUCACCUUAAGGGGAUGUUGUUGUUGUGACAUAGAAGCAAGUGUUUUUUUCAUAAUAUAGAAGCAAGUAGGAAGAACAAAUCUUAAUACAUUUCAAUGAAAUAAUCCGCUUGAAAUCAGGAAAAGUAUUACAAUGAAUUUAUUUCUACUUGAUGUUUCAAUAAUAAUGUGCUCAAGCAGAGAUUUUAUAGGAAUAAGGGUGUGUUUCAUGGAAUGAUGGUUGUUUAACUCACCAUCUGAACUCGUGUUGAUGAAGACCAGAUUACUGCUUUAGCUUCUUUUUCUGCUUAAGGAGGCCAUUUCUAGUCAAUGUUGUUGUUGUGAUGUAGAAGCAAAUAAUGUGUUCAAGCAAAGAUUUUGCAGGAAAAAUGGCGUGCUUCGCGGAAUGCUGGUUAUAUAGGUAAUUUUCGAUUCCCUUCUUGUUGAUACAUUUCUGUUGUGUUUAGUGUUUAAACUCACCAUUUGAACUUGUGUUGAAGAAGGCCAGAUUAGUGCUUCAGCUUCUUUUUCUGCUUAAGGAGAUCAUUUUAACUCAAUGUUUGAUUUGAACUUGCUACCGCCGGUCAAUCUUUGAGUGGUACCUGCAAAGAUAAAAGAAAGGCUUAAUUGUGGAUAGACCCUCUGUAGUGCUGCAUGAAUUUUUUUGACUCUUUCACCCUCAGAGAAAGAGAAAGUUGUUUAAUGACAAAUAUACCUCCUGAGGGUAAAGGAGUCCAAAGAAUUUCACUAAGGGGAUCUGUAUACAAUAAUAGAUCUUACCUGGGGUCUAUGCCCAAUUGGGUCAUAGUGCAGGGUUCUAUCCUCAAUUAACCCUAAAAGAAAUUAGGAUUUUCCUGUUAUUUCUCUGUUCACAUGUUUAUCAUGCGUUCUACUGGUUAUCUUGUUUUCCUUUACCUCUGAAUAUCAUGCAACUUCAAAUUAAUCUAUUAAUUUUAGGGCAUGUUUGGGAACUUGGUUUAUAAUCCACUUGGCUUAUAAUCCACAAAUGAAUUAUAAGCCAAAGUGUUUGGUAAAAAAACGGAUUAUAAGCUACUUUUAAUAGAAGCGUGUUUGGCAAAUGGGUGGAUUAUAAUCCAUCAUUGUUGUCAAAAUUACCAAAUUCGACAUGACUCUAAAUUUAAACAUUGGAAUAGACUUUGGAAUUAUCUUAAAUGUUGAGGGGUAAACUUGACAUUUACUUGGUCAAACUAUAUGGCUUAUAAGCCACUAAAAUAUAAGUUGGAUUAGGGGAGCUUCUUUUUUAUUUUUUAUUUUUUUAUUUUUUUAUUUGAGCUUAUAAGCCAAAAGAAACCAGUUGCCAAACAUGUUGCAGUAACUUAUAAGCCACGAAAGUGGCUUAUAAGCCAGUUUGACCAGUUGCCAAAUCUGUCCUUAUUUUUAGCAUCAUCUAGUUGCUUCAGUUCUACCUCUUUUAUUUGAGAAAUUCAAAGAACUCAUAAUUAUGAUAUGAGGAUUUGCACUGUCUCUGGAGUUCCAUGAAAGGUAUGUGCUUCUACACAAACAGCCAUGAUUCUAGUGAUGGGAUUUGCAGAAUCUUUUCUUUAUGCCAAUGUAUACAGUAGAUGUAAUGUAUAAUACAUUAACGUAUAAAAAGAAAUGCAAUGUACGCUUGCUGGAAACUUUUGAAAGUAAAGAAAUGUGUGUGUAUCUGCUUUUAGAAAUAUCA